GCUCCGUUGAAUACGAGUCUGUGCACGGUUUGACGUUUUACUCUCGAUAGUGAGAGAGUUAGCGUUACGACACCAUAGAUUCUGAACAUUGAUCCGGUCUCUCUCUCUCUCUCGGUUCACAUUAUAUGUAUAGAGAUUUAAUUGCGCUGCGGAUUCUCGCGUCUCUCGUUAUAUCAUUAUCACUCUUCUUGUUCGUAGAUUCCUCGAUUAAUACAAGAUGACCGAUUCCAAGUAUUUCACUACUACAAAGAAGGGAGAAAUAUUUGAGCUCAAAUCAGAAUUGAAUAAUGAGAAAAAAGAAAAGAAGAAAGAAGCUGUAAAGAAGGUGAUUGCAUCUAUGACAGUAGGCAAAGAUGUAUCUGCGCUGUUCCCCGAUGUAGUAAACUGUAUGCAAACUGACAAUCUAGAGUUGAAGAAGCUGGUGUAUCUGUACCUGAUGAACUAUGCCAAGAGUCAACCAGACAUGGCCAUUAUGGCGGUCAACACAUUCGUCAAGGAGCUAGCGACAUCUCCGAUGAUAAAGGAUUGCGAGGAUCCAAAUCCGUUGAUACGCGCGCUAGCAGUUCGCACGAUGGGUUGCAUACGCGUCGACAAGAUAACCGAGUACCUGUGCGAGCCGUUGCGCAAAUGCCUGAAGGACGAAGACCCGUACGUACGAAAAACCGCAGCCGUAUGCGUCGCCAAACUUUAUGACAUUAACGCAGCUUUAGUCGAGGACCAGGGAUUUCUGGAUCAGUUGAAAGACCUUUUGUCCGACAGUAAUCCAAUGGUUGUUGCAAAUGCGGUAGCUGCACUAUCUGAGAUCAACGAGGCUAGUCCGAGCGGUCAGCCAUUAGUGGAAAUGAAUGCACAGACUAUAAACAAACUAUUGACAGCACUCAACGAAUGUACGGAAUGGGGCCAAGUUUUUAUUCUAGAUUCGUUGGCGAAUUAUUCGCCUAAAGACGAUCGUGAGGCGCAAAGCAUUUGCGAAAGAAUCACUCCACGUCUAGCACAUGCUAAUGCUGCUGUUGUGCUUUCCGCUGUCAAAGUAUUAAUGAAACUGAUGGAAAUGCUACAGUCCGAAUCGGAUUUUGUUGGUACACUCACGAAGAAAUUGGCACCUCCUCUUGUCACGUUAUUGAGUUCCGAGCCGGAGGUUCAAUAUGUCGCACUGAGGAAUAUUAAUCUCAUCGUACAGAAGCGCCCUGAUAUCCUGAAACACGAGAUGAAAGUGUUUUUUGUUAAGUACAAUGACCCGAUAUAUGUAAAAUUGGAGAAACUGGACAUUAUGAUUCGCUUAGCGUCACAAGCCAACAUCGCGCAAGUUCUAUCGGAACUGAAAGAAUACGCCACCGAAGUUGAUGUGGAUUUCGUGAGAAAGGCUGUGAGAGCUAUCGGUCGCUGCGCUAUAAAAGUCGAGCCGUCUGCGGAGCGUUGCGUCGCCACGUUGCUAGAUCUGAUACAAACCAAGGUGAACUAUGUCGUUCAAGAAGCAAUUGUAGUAAUAAAGGACAUAUUCCGCAAGUAUCCUAACAAAUACGAAAGUAUAAUUUCGACUUUGUGUGAGAAUCUCGACACUCUGGACGAGCCAGAGGCACGCGCUUCUAUGAUUUGGAUCAUUGGCGAGUACGCGGAGCGCAUCGACAACGCGGAUGAACUGUUAGAGAGCUUUUUGGAAGGAUUCCAUGACGAGAAUACUCAGGUGCAGCUACAACUGCUCACCGCAAUUGUAAAGCUGUUUCUCAAGAGGCCCACGGAUACACAAGAGCUGGUUCAACAAGUACUCAGCUUGGCCACACAGGAUUCCGAUAAUCCUGAUUUACGCGACCGCGGUUUUAUAUACUGGCGGCUGCUCAGCACCGAUCCAGCGGCGGCGAAAGAAGUAGUGCUCGCAGAAAAACCUCUGAUCUCGGAGGAAACAGAUCUGUUGGAGCCGACAUUGUUGGACGAAUUGAUCUGUCAUAUCUCGAGUUUAGCGUCCGUGUAUCACAAACCUCCUACAGCGUUCGUGGAAGGUAGAGCCGCGGGAGCCAGAAAAUCGUUGCCUGCCAGAAGUAAUUCAAACGAGGAUUCCAGUCGCACAACCGCGCAACCUCACGCGCAAGUCAUACCUUCUCAGGACUCUCUCAUAGGCGAUCUUCUCAGCAUGGACAUUGGCGGCCCAGCAAUAGUUCAACCGGCACCUACCUCACAGUCUGCAGGAUUAGGUUUGGAUCUCUUAGGUGGCGGUUUAGACGGAAUUUUGAGCAAUACUGAUAAUACGACCGCUGCACCGGUUGUUUCACAGAGUACAACAGGUCUGCUUGGUGACAUAUUUGGUUUCAGCCAAGGACCCGCAUCUUAUAUUACGCCUAAAGUUAAUUGGCUACCAGCCGAAAAGGGAAAAGGUUUCGAUAUCUGGGGAACAUUUUCGAGAAAGAACGGACAAAUUAGUAUGGACAUGGUUUUCACAAACAAGACGAUGCAACCCAUGGGAGGAUUCGCGAUACAGUUAAACAAGAACAGCUUCGGUCUGACACCGGCGGCUCCGUUGCACGUACCGGCUCCAUUGGCUCCCGGAGCGAUGGUCGAAACAAGCGUUACAUUGUCCACUGUAGGUGCGGUGCAACGCAUGGAACCCUUGAAUAAUCUUCAAGUCGCUAUUAAAAACAACAUCGACGUUUUCUAUUUUGCGUGUAUCGUACCGAUGAACGUCUACUUCACGGAAGAUGGUCAGCUAGAUAAGAGAGUGUUUCUUUCAACGUGGAAAGACAUCCCUGCACAAAAUGAGGUGCAAUAUACGUUGAAUGGAAUAAUGUUGACGGCGGAUCAAGUUGUGCAAAAGAUGCAACAGAACAAUGUUUUCACAAUUGCCAAAAGAAAUGUGGAAGGACAAGAUAUGCUUUAUCAAUCCCUUAAAUUGACGAAUAACGUCUGGGUAUUGAACGAAUUGAAAAUUCAGCCAGGCAAUCCUGAUGUUACGUUGUCCUUGAAAUCUCGAUCUGUGGAAGUCGCACCUGGCGUAUUCCAAGCAUACAAUGCCAUCUUACAUUCUUAAGUUUUUCUCUGUUUCAUCAGUUAGGACAUUGACAGAUUAUAAAAGACAUAAAUGCAAGUAUGCGCAACAGCCUAUUUGUGGAAGCUAUCUAUGUUAUACGUCUGCGUAUCGUGCAUGAAAUUUAAGUAACUUGGAACAUUCUAUAGAAAAAUUAUGUUACAGAUUAUGAAAUGUAUAUUAAAAUGUAUUAUU